GGGUGGGUGUGUAGUGGGAAUUACUAAAUUAGGAAUAGAUGGGCACCUUUUUUCUUCUUCUUCCUCUUCCUCUUCCUCUUCCUCCUCCUCAAAACUGCAUUCUCUCGACGCAACCCAGAAUAAGUUCAAUCCUUAAGCUGAGCCAUUCCAAGCCCACAACCUACAGGAGAGAGAUUGCAGAUGGGCUUCUACACCUUGCUUCUCAGAAACGCUUCUCGCAAUCAUCCAUUUCGCAUGUUAGAUGUGAAGCAAACAGAAGAGGACGGCCUCGAAGGGAAAGGGAUAGUCCCCCCGUUAGUCGAAAUGCAAAGGAUGGCGAUGAUUUGAAGGACCCGCCAUUAUCCAAUAGCGAGGCAUCCAAAACCUCUGACCAGGAUGAGAUAAUUUCUUUGUUUAGAAGAAUACGAUCUUCGAUAGCAAAAGGUGAAUCUGUUGCUGCUAGAAGAAGAAGCCCUACCAAUGUAAAAGAGAAGCCGGCGGUUAAGUCGAUUCAGCGACACCCAAGUAGGAAGCAAGUGCGAGCUCCGAGAGAAGAAGUCGAAAGGGAAGCCGCUCUCUCUAAGUUUUCAUCAUCAGAGGAUGAACAAGGAAAAAGGGAUUCUCCACCUCCUGUUAAUACUGCUAAACUAUCGAGACCCGCGUCAAAUUUCGUAAAAAGGUCCCCUAUUCCGCCUCCUCCGGCCACACGAAAAACUAACAAGAAUGCGGCCGACGAACACUCGCCUACAGAAAUUCGGAAGGAAGCAUCUGAAAUCCUGAAACUGGAAGAGCUGAAGCUCGUCGAGCUAAAAGAACUCGCAAAGGAAAAGGGUGUAAAGGGCUAUUCGAGACUGAAGAAGGGAGAGCUGAUUGAGCUUUUGAAGGGUUUGGUGUGAUCUUCGUGAUUAAUUGAAGCUUUCAAUUGUUGAUUUAGGAAAACUGGUACCUUUUAGUUGAGUUAAAGAUGUGUAUUGUUAAACUAAUUGUAACAGUUUUGUACCCUUUAUUUCCUUUGCUUUUUGAAGAAGUACCUUGUAUUAUUCCUUUUUUUUCUGUUUCCAGUGAAAAGUGUGACAGUUGUUGUAAA